AUGGGGGUUCUGUUUUGGAAGAUUUCGGUGGAACUUGCUUUCCUGGAUAGGAAGUACCAGCAUGGUUCAGUCACCAAGCCUAUGGAUCGUAUGUUGGAUAUCAAGAAACAUGUUGAGGAGGAAGAUGAAGAGGAAUGCAGUCAUACAGAGGCUUCAUUCGAAUUCCAAGUGACAGAUGGUACAGAAGUGUUAGAAGGUUGCGAGGUGCUAAAGUGUGGCUCCAGUUUGGUCUAUUCAACUGACGAAAGGACGAAUAUGAGUUGGGUUGCGAAGACUGGUGUAAUUGCAGAGAGGAUUAACAACAUCCCAGGUCAAGCAACAUAUUAUGGUAACUCUAGAAGUUAUGAUGAUAUCCAGUAUGGAUCUUACUCUGGUCCAACUCUGGGAAGGGAUGAAAAUUUCUUCAGUGAAGCGACUUUUGAUGUUACCCCAAAUUCACAGAAAAGUUAUAAAAAUAAGAAAGUGGGCCUAUUGAAAAAAGAGAGUGACGCAGGAGGAGACUUCACUGAAAGCUCUUUUCAUGACAACACAUCUUCGGCAAACGUAGAGAAGAUAAAAAGGCAUCCCUUGGUUGGACUUGAACAGCGACUCAAGGAAAUAGAAAAAGUUGUGUACUCAACACCAGGAAAAACUCGUAUUGUUGGUGUUCUUGGAAUGCCCGGCACUGAUAACGUGAGUGACAAGAAACAAUUAGAGUUUCUCCUCGGUGACCUUGGGUGGAUUAAGAAGGGAAGCAAGAUUGUUAUUACAACAUGUGACAAGUCAUUGCUCAAGGGGUUGGGUCAUGAUACCUAUGUGGUCCCACAAAUGAAUAACAAAGAGGCCUUUCAACUCCUUACUCAUCAUGCCUUCUAUAAUCAAUUCCGUCCAGCAGAAACCUUCCUAACGCUUUCGAGAAUGUUAGUGGAUAAUGUUGGAGGCAACGCACAGGAUCUCAAGGUCCUGGGAAGCUUCCUCUCUGGGAAAAAUGAGGCCUACUGGCAAUAUGAGCUGCUAAGAGUGAGACAAAGUUUCAAUAUGAAAAUGACAGAUAUCUGGAGAUUCUCUCUUGAUCAACUUAAUAAGCAACAGAAAGAUGUGUUUCUUGACAUAGUGUAUUUUCUUAAAUCUGAAGAAGAGUAUUUUGUUAGAAGUAUAUUGGAUCGAGGAAGUCAUGAAGCUGUGAGUGGAGUAAGAGAUCUCGCUGAGAAAUUGCUUAUUACUAUUUCUUGUGGGCGAGUGGAGAUGCAUGAUCAAUUGUAUUCACUGGCCAAUGACCUUGGCCUUCCUGGGCGGCAUAAGCUUUGCAACUACGAAGAUAUCAACAAUCUGACAAAACAGGAAGCUAAGAAUGUGAGAGGUAUUCUCUUAGAUAUGUCUGAAAUAACGGAGAGUAUUGCCUUGGAACGUGUGACCUUCUCUGAUAUGGGCAAUCUUCAAUACCUGAAGAUAUACAAUUCUUGUUGUCGUCGGCACUGCAGAGCUGACUGCAACUUAUACUUCCCUGAUGGACUUGACUUCCCCUUGGAAGAGGUCCGAUAUCUCCAUUGGGUGAAAUUUCCUUUGCAUGAACUUCCACAAAACUUCAGACCUGAGAGUCUUGUAGACCUGAGCCUUCCUUACAGCAAGAUUGAACGUGUUUGGGAAGGUGUUAAGGAUACACCACGGUUGAAGUGGGUAGAUCUACGCCACUUGCUCGACUUGUCAGCAUUGUCAAGAGCUGAAAAUCUUGAAAGAUUAAAUCUGGAAGGCUGCACGAGUUUGGAUGAGUUGCCAGUGGAGAUCCAGAAUAUGAAGUCUCUUGUUUACCCGAACAUGAAAGGAUGCACACGUCUUUGGUAUCUUCCGAAAAUGAAUUUAGUCUCUCUGAAAACUCUCAUCCUCAGUGACUGCCUAAACCUAAAAGAAUUUCAGGCCAUCUCCGAAAGUGUAGAAUAUCUACAUUUAGAUGGCACAUCAAUGGAAGGACUUCCUCCGGCUAUACAGAACAUCCAGAGACUUGUUGUAUUAAAUUUGAAAAACGGCAAAAUGUGUCGGGUCCCUCUUAGAUGGAGAGAACCAAGUGGGCAUGAGACAUAA